UGUUCUCGGUGCUCCUCCCUGCGGCCUGGAGGACCUGUUGGAGGACCCGGUGGAGGAGCAGAUGGGGAUCCAGGGUUUGGCCAAAGUGCUCGGGGACGUGGCCCCGGGGGCGGUCAGGGAGCAGCAGAUAAAGCACUACUUCGGGCGGAAGAUCGCCAUUGACGCCUCGAUGAGUAUUUACCAGUUCCUGAUCGCGGUCCGGCAGGACGGGACCACCCUGCAGAGUGAGGACGGGGAGACCACCAGCCACCUGAUGGGAAUCUUUUAUCGGACGAUCCGGAUGGUGGAGAACGGGAUUAAACCGGUCUACGUCUUUGAUGGAAAACCACCACAACUCAAAUCUGCAGAGUUGGAUAAACGGAGUGAGCGCCGGGCAGAGGCUGAGAAACAGCUGGCAGCUGCUCAGGAAUCAGGUAACGUGGAGAACGUGGAGAAGUUUACCAAGAGGCUGGUGAAGGUCACCAAGCAGCACAACGACGAGUGUAAACACCUGCUCCAGCUGAUGGGGAUCCCUUACAUCGAGGCUCCGUGUGAAGCUGAGGCUAGUUGUGCUGCUCUGGUUAAAGCUGGGAAGGUGUACGCUGCAGCCACUGAGGAUAUGGACGCUCUGACCUUUGGCACCUCCAUCUUACUGAGACACCUGACAGCGAGUGAGGCCAAGUGA